UUUCAGCCAUGGCGUUUGCCUGGUUCCCUCUUUACGUUUUCCUUUUUGGUUCACUUUUUGGCGACCUCCUGGCUCAGGAGCACUUCAUAGUGGGCGGUCAGAAUGCCGCCGAAGGGGAUGCUCCGUACCAGGUGUCGCUGCAAACGCUGGUGGGCAGUCACCUGUGCGGUGGCGCCAUCAUCUCGGACCGCUGGAUACUCACGGCGGGUCACUGUGUCAAAGGGUAUCCAGCCAGCCGGCUACAAGUGGCCAGUGGAACAGUGCGGUAUGCGCAACCAGGCGCUCUGUAUUAUCCGGAAGCCAUCUACCUGCACUGCAACUACGACAGUCCCAAGUACCACAAUGACAUUGGGCUGCUGAAAGUAAACGAGACCAUUGGCUUUGAUGCCCUAACGCAGGCUGUGCAGCUUCCGACUUCCCCACUUUCCCCACAAGGCACAUCGGAGCUGAUCUUCACCGGCUGGGGUGCCCAGUCGGCGGCGGGCAGUUUGCCCGCCCAAUUGCAGCGCGUCCAGCAGCAACAUCUCAGCAGACAGGCCUGCAGAUCCCUGCUCUCCGGCUACGAGGAUCUGGAACUGGGUCCCGGCCACAUCUGCGCCUAUCGGCAGGCCAACAUUGGCGCCUGCCACGGCGACUCCGGAGGUCCUUUGGUCCACCGAGGCACCACCCUGGUCGGCAUACUCAACUUCUUCGUUCCGUGUGCUCAAGGCGUGCCGGAUCUAUUUACGGAUGUCAUGUACUACCACGACUGGAUGCGGCAAACGAUCAGUGGCAACGGCAAGUGUGCGCAGGUCAAUCACCAGACAAUAAUUGGCUAAAUAAAUACGCUUAAAAAAUCUCAAAAAAACGUGGAUGAUAAACAAAAGGGGACCCUAACUUCGAUAACGAGGGGUUUCUAUACCCUUGCAGAAUGCUUAAAACCCGAUACAACUAGGGAACAAAAGGUAGUUUUGUUUUGACAAUAUCUAAAUUGUAUUUCUAGUUAACAAUAGACAGCAGAACUUGAGUAAGCCGACUCAACUGUCUGCUGGACUUUCGCAAGUGU